CCUCGCUUUAAUGGUGUGUACACACACACACACACACACACACACACAAGCGCGAGACGGACAUGAUGAGAACCGUUUCCACAUCGGAUGAUUUAACAGCAUUAAACCCCAUCAGCUUUAUUUUUUGUAUGAAAUGAAAGCGAGCAGAUAUAAAAAGCAAGAUAGAGGCAUCCGUCACCUGCUAUUGAAUGAAGGACCUUUUCUUCAGCCCUCAAUCUUUGAUCCUAACCACAGAAGAAAAAUAAAAGACCAAAUAUUCUAAAGCAGCUUUUCUCUUUCACAUAUCUUUCUCUGUCCUGUUCUCUCUCUCUCUCUCUCUCUCUCUCUCUCUCUCUCUGUCCCCCUCUUUCUUUGCUGUGAGCGUUCUCCGGUGGUGAGAAGUAGUCAGGCUCUGCCAUGCCCAGGGCGUGACCCAUCCUGUCUCCUUCUCCUCCUCCAUCAUGAAGCUGAAGCAGCGUGUGGUUGUGCUGUGCGGUGUCCUGCUGCUGCUGGGCCUGGCCAAGCUCUUCCUGCUGGACGGAGGCGAAGGCUCAGCUGCCAGCCGUCGUGACCUGCGUGCCUUCCGCAAGAUGGAGGCGAGCCUAGCUCUGGCUAAGAACGCCCGUCUCACACACACGUUGCAGUCACCCUGGGAAGUGGCCGCACAGUGGGUGGGGCCACGCGAGGUUUACCCGGACGAGACACCUGAGCUGGCCGCCGUGCUCAGUGCCCUGACCAGCGCCCGUAUCCAGAGGGCGGACGUCGGCUACAAAGGAACCCAGCUGAAAGCACUUCUGGUGCUGGACGGAGGACAGAAGGUGGUGUUCAAGCCCAAGAGGUACAGCAGAGAUUAUGUGGUUGAGGGAGAACCCUACGCCGGCUACGACAGGCAUAACGCAGAGAUCGCUGCUUUUCACCUGGAUAGGAUCCUGGGCUUUAGGAGAGCACCUCUGGUGGUGGGGCGAUUUGUGAACCUGCGCACCGAGAUAAAGCCUGUCGCCACAGAGCAGCUACUGAGCACGUUCCUCAUGCACGGGAAUAAUACCUGCUUCUAUGGGAAGUGCUACUACUGCAGGGAGAGUGAGCCCGCGUGUGCUGAGGGGGACAUCAUGGAGGGAUCAGUGACACUCUGGCUUCCUGAUGUCUGGCCACUGCAGAAACACAGGCAUCCCUGGGGACGCACAUACAGAGAGGGCAAGCUCGCCAGGUGGGAGUAUGACGAGAGUUACUGUGAAGCAGUGAAGAAGAUGCCUCCAUACGAUGCCGGUCCUCGCCUCUUGGACGUGAUCGACACAUCGAUAUUUGAUUACCUAAUCGGCAACGCGGAUCGACAUCACUAUGAGAGUUUCCAAGACGACGGCGGGGCCAGCAUGCUCAUUCUACUGGACAAUGCUAAAAGUUUCGGGAAUCCAUCUUUGGAUGAAAGAAGCAUCCUGGCUCCUCUCUAUCAGUGCUGCAUGGUCCGAGUGUCCACCUGGAACCGACUAAACCUGCUGAAGGGCGGAGCUCUGAGUUCAGCGAUGCGUCAGGCUACAGCCCACGACCCUGCCCACCCCGUUCUGACUGAGCCUCACCUUGCUGCCCUCGAUCGGCGUCUCAGCAGCGUCAUAGCCAGCGUACGCCAGUGCAUAGAGAUGCAGGGCGCAGAGAGCACACUUAUUGAAGACCGCAUGAACCUUCCUCACCCCUAAACACAUCAGAGAGAGAGAGAAAAGAGAGAGAGGGAGGUAGCAUUUUAAAUUGAAUUGAAUGCUGCCUGUCAGUGCAUGCCUUUAGAGGCACACUUCCUGCAUUUACAGCAUUGCAAGGAGACUUUUAAGAAAAAAAAAGGGGGGGUAGUUACCUCAACCCAAGCAGGAAGCUGUCUCAUAACACAUUAAACAUCGAUGCAGACCCUGGCUUCUUCACAAACGAAAAAUGUUAUUUCCUUGAACUUACACACACACACACGCACGCUUCCCACGCUCUAAUCUAAUCUAUUUCUCUUCCAUAUUUUCUCAACAUGAAUCAGACAGUAGGAAUACAUUCACCCAUUCCCUUGCAACGUUCUUACUUGACCUUGUCAUAUUUCUUUCUAUGAAUUUCUCUCUCUCACUGCUUCAAAGGAUAACAGGCGGCCUAGAACGUUGAACACAUUUGGGCCUGUAUAGGCUCAGGGACAUUCCACAGCAGCUGUGGGGGUGUUUGCAGGCAUGGGCUGCCCCGUACUGGUAUUAAGGGCAGCACCAGUGAAACUAUGUCACUGACAUCACAAAUCAAAGCAUUAACAGACUAUCUGGAGAUAGUUUGUCUACAAAAAGAUUGUACAUAAGCAACUAUUUAAUGACAAUAUUGAUAAAAAAAAAUGGAAUGGUUUUAAUGAUUUAAAAGAUUAAUAUUGAGAGUUACUAUGCAGGUUUUACUGUCGCCUGCUUUAAUGUGCAGUAUGAUUUCUGGAUAUAAACGGGUAGUGGGUGGAAGAAGCUGCUACUGAAUCUCAAAAAGAAGACGGAAAGAACGUUAGUAUGGAAAGCUACAAGAAAGAGGUAUUCACGCGUAUCCCUGAAGGGUAGGUGUGUCUACAGGUAUUCAUCCCAGCCAAAUAGGACAGCCAGUGAUUUAAAGACCAAGCGCAUCUAAUUAAACCAGGGGAAUCUGGUGUCACUCCUGUUUGUUUGGACUGAAAGGCUUCGGCCAGAUUUCCUGAUAAGAAGCGAGGGUCCCUGCUGUGUGAAGAUCUUUUGAACAUUAAAAAAA